AUGAAGACGACGGAGCCAGGCCUCAGCGGCGGUGGCCACCUCGGCACCGAGCCCUCCGACGAUGACGAAGCCGUCGUGGACCGCCUGAGCGCGCUCCCGAACAACGUCCUGCUCCACGUCCUCGCGGGCCUUGGGGACGCCGCCGCCGCCGGUCGGACCAGCGUGCUCUCCAGCCGCUGGCGCCGCCUCUGGGCGCUGCUCCCGGAGCUCCGCUUCUCGUCCCUCUCUCCUCCGAGCCCGGCCUCAUCGUGUCGGAGCUGGUCGCCCACGAAGCGGACCUCAGGAUCCUCGACGUGA